UACUCUCCCUCUCCCCGAUCCCCACCCCACCCUCAGCACGAAACUUUCCUCUCUAGGGUUUCCCGUCCGAUCCCUCUCGUCCGUACCAGGUAAAUCUUCCAGCCCAUCCGCUCCCCUGGCCGAUCCGAUCCGAGGAUUCCAACCCUCGCGCCUCCAUCCUGAAACUUGCUCCAAUUUUUCUUGCGGAGUUUCAUCCAGUAUAGUCGCCUGGAUCGCUCACGAUUCCUCGUCGUCUUUUUUUUGGGAAGGAUUUUCGGAUUAUUUUGGGGAGAUAAAGUUUGUUUGAUCGGAGCAACCACCGAUUCGCUUAUAGGGUUCGGUCGUCUGUGAGUGAAUCUGUACGUAGCGAGCGUUAUUGGCUUUUUGCGCAACGUUGGUGUGUUAAUUGGAGGUUAAAGAAUUGUAGCUGUUUGAGGCGGCAAGCGCUUGGGAAAGGAGGAAGUGUUUGUGAGCCAUGGAUAAGGGACUCUUCGCCAAUGAUGGCUCCUUCUUGGAGAGGUUCAAGCAGAUGCAGCAGGAGAUGAAGGAGAAGGAGAAGGCUGCCGCUGCAGCAGCCUCAUCCGCAGCGCCUAAGCCUGUGAACCCCAAGCAGGGGGUUGCGGUGGCAGCAAACAAGAGGCCAUUCGAACUGAAGGCUGGGCCAGUCGGCUCAGGUGGAAAGCUGGCCUUCAGCCUGAAGAAGGCCAAGGUCACGGUCACACCUGUUUUUGCAGCCGAUGAUGAGGAUGAGGAUGCGGCAGAUGUGGAGAAGGAGGAGCCUGCCAAGCGCCAGAAGUCUGUGCAAGCUGGUGCUCUUGUGGCGGCUGCCCCAACAGGGGCUGUUGCCCCAACACCACCAAAUGAUAUGACAGUGCGGCAAGUUGCUGACAAAUUAGCAAGCUUUGUUGCCAAAAAUGGCAGACAGUUUGAGAAUAUCACACGUCAAAGGAAUCCUGGAGACACACCAUUCAAAUUUUUAUUUGAUAAGCACUGUUCAGACUACAAAUAUUAUGAGUUUUGGCUUGCUGAAGAGGAAAGGGUUCUUGCUCAGUCAAAGGAGGCUGAAGCACCAAAAAAUGCUAACUCUAGCAUUGCAAGCUCCAAAGCACCAGCUGGUCCGCAUAGAAGCUCAUUUGAACAAAAGUCUAACUAUCAAACACCCGCGUCAGCUUUGUAUGGUGCAUAUGAGGGUAGUUCUUCCCAGGGUAGCUCAUCUAGUUACAGUGAUCCCAAUAUGUCUGCACCCUCAGAUCCUGUAGCCUUGAUGGAAUUCUACAUGAAGAAGGCUGCACAGGAAGAACGGAAGAGGCCACCAAGGCAGUCGAAAGAUGAAAUGCCGCCACCUCCUUCUCUUCAAGGACCUCCUAAGAAGGGACACCACAUGGGUGACUUCAUUCCUCCAGAAGAACUUGAAAAGUUUAUGUCACGCUGUAAUGAUGCUGCAGCACAAAAGGCUACGAAAGAAGCUGCCGAAAAGGCUAAGAUUCAGGCAGACAAUAUUGGGCACAAACUUCUAUCUAAGAUGGGCUGGAGGGAAGGUGAGGGUCUUGGCAGCGAGCGAAGGGGCCGUGCAGAUCCCAUUAUGGCUGGAGAUGUGAAAAAGGACCAUCUUGGUGUUGGUGCAGUCCAGCCUGGUGAGGUCUCAGCUGAAGAUGACAUCUACGAGCAAUACAAGAAGCGAAUGAUGCUUGGAUACCGUUAUAGGCCGAACCCUCUGAACAAUCCCAGGAAACAAUACUACUGACACAUGAGGUGUUCAUAUCUGAGGGGAGAUGUAAGGCACCAAUUUGCUGCAUUUUUUGCUAACAGAACUAACUAGUGGCAGGAGAUAUCACUAACAGCGUUGUAAGUUUUGUUCAUCAGCAGAAAAGCCAAGAAGUUCAUUUAUUCAGCAUAUAUCUUGGAAUGACACAAAUCUGAGGCUUCCCGGGGUUCUCCAGUAGCUUUGGUAUUGUGUAGUGUUCAUCUAUUUUGGUUUGAAUACACUAUUAUUUGUGGACAUGUUUUAAUGUACAUCAUGUUUGGAAUAGUGACUUGUUGCUCUCAAGUAGGAUGACGGACAAAUUUCCUGGUUAUCCAACUUCUGUCUGAACUUUUUUCAGUUCAAAUAUAUUUCUUAUUUUGGUCA